GGCACAGUGCCUGCUGAAUAUAAGGAAGAAGGAGGGCUGAGCCAACAGGCGCUGUAAGAAGCUGGACACUUUCACUGUGAGAAAGCUCCUCCUGGCCUUGUGAUGCUCACUAUGGGGCGGGGAGUGUCUGUAGGAAAUGCAGCUUUCAUUGCUGUCCUAAUGUUUAUGGUCGUGAAGCAGUGAGAGAAUCCAUAUGUCUUUUUGGCACCUAAAGUGACAAUGACGAAUCCUGAAAGCUUUUAUCGAGAGAAAAUCCAAGAGAUGCAGAAACAGCUUAACUCGAUUAUGCAGACCAUCAAUAGCAACUCCAAGGUGGUGGCUUUUAUGAAUUCUCCUUUUGGACAAUAUUUGGAAGAACAUCCCUUUGUGUCUUUUACACUAGUAGUAUUUGUUGCCUUGUCUGCAGUUCCUGUCGGUUUGUUUCUGUCACUCAUUGCUGGGACAGCAAUCGCCGCCUGCCUUGGUGUCAUAAUUCUAGAAGGUAUCGUCAUUUCCGUGGGAGGAAUCGCACUGCUCUGUUUCCUGUGUGGUCUUGCUGUUCUUGCGAUUGGAGUGUCAAGUGUUUUAAGUGUCUGCUAUGUAGUAAUGUCGAGUAUAAUAAAUUAUAUGCAUGCAGGCAGAUUAUCAUUGAGGACUGGAGACGCAUCAAGGACUUUUUUACACCCUGGGGAAAUUUCUUCAACCACAAAAUCUUCAAAGAACAACUUAGAAGAAUAGAAAAUUAAAUUUCUUAUUUUUUUUUUUUUUAUUAUUUUAAAGGCAUUUUUGUUCUGGGUACUGCCUUGGGUCUAAAUAUUUCCUAAUAGAAUGUAGAAGCGCUGUUACAGAAAGAAUUAAAGUGCUGUCUUUUCUCCAUAAUAUUUAUAUUGCUCUAAGCUUUUGUAUAAUCCUUUGUUAAUCACAUUAAAGCUACGGGAAAUGUAUACAAUCAACAAAUUAUUUAGCCUGCAUGGUCUUGUUGUGUAAAAAAGGUAAACUUCCAAUAGAAAUGCAGGGAUUUCUCUUUAAAGGGACAUGAAACAAAAGUCUUGCUAUUACAUGUUACCAACCAUGAUUGGAACCUUUCUAAAAACAUUAAAGGGACAUGAAACCCCCCAAAAAAUUCUCAUGAUUUAGGUAAAUUUUACAAUUUUUAAACAACUUUCCAGUUUACUUCUGUUAUUUUAUUUCAUUGUCUUGGUAUCAUUUGUUGAAGGAGCAGCCAUGCACUACUGGUUUCUAACUAAACACAUGGGUGAGCCAAUGAUAAUCGGUAUAUAUAUGCAGCCACCAAUCAGCAGCUAGAACCUAGGUUCUUUGCUGCUCCUGAGCUUACCUAGAUAAACCUUUCAGCAAAGGAUAACAAGAGAAGGAAGCAAAUUAAAUAAUUAGAAGUAAAUUUGAAAGUUGUUUAAAAUUGUAUGCUGUGUCUGAAUCACAAAUGUCUAAUUAUGAAUGUACUGUCCCUUUAACAUGCCUUAUUUGGUGGAGCCAAUUUGGACUGCGAUGAAGUAAAGCAAGUUGGCCACUGUUAUUUCAUUACCAAAGCUUUUUCCGUAUAUUAUCUUCUCACCACUGCUAAGGCCAAUUAGGGACAGAUAUGAAGCAGUAUUAAGCAACUUACAAUUCUUAAAACAGGAAAGAUGUUGGCAAACACAAUUAUUGCAUCGGUUUACAAAGUAUAAUUAAACAUUUUACAUAAUUAUCUUAAAAUAUUUCUUGUCCCUUUCUAAAGUAGCUAUAAAACGUAAAUAAAAAAGUAAAAGACAAAAGAAGCACAGACUCCUAAGUGUAUAUAGUCAAAAGACUGAGAUAUAUAUUUUUUAUUAAAUUUCUUCUCUCACAUUUAAAAACCUCAAACAAUUAUGAGGUAGGUAAAAGCAUCUAUAUAGUUGCACCCAUAUGAUAUGCUGAAGGGAGAAACGCGGUAGAUGACACAUCCUGGUCGGAUCGAUAAUACAGUCACACAGUUCCAGUAACAAGUCACACUCCAACCGCUCCAAUCCAGCCGAUAGUCCAUACUCUGGGGCAUUGAAAUAGAAAACUGCCACAGGUUCCAAUACACUUCCAAUAAAAGUCGACUUCCAGGACAGCGUGGAUACUGCGGGGUAUAGAUAGUGGGCGUGGCCUUACGCAUUUGGUAACAAAGGCAGUUACCCUACGAAAUGAGUAAGGUUACACGCAGCAAUAUCCACACAGUCCUUGAAGAGUGUGGACAAUUGGCUGGAUUGGAGCGGUAGGAGUGUGACUUAUUUGUUACUGGAUUUGUGUGACUGUAUUACCGAUUCGACCAGGACGUGUCAUCCUACAGUGUUUCUCCCUUCAGCAUAUCACAUGGGUGCCACUAUAUAGAUCCUUUUACAUACCUCAUAAUUAUUUGAGGUUUUUAAAUGUGAGUGAGAUAUAUAUAUAUAUAUAUAUAUAUUUAUUUAUUAUUAUUCUUAUUAUUAAUAAAUAUCGGCUGUCUUUUGACUGCACUAAGAGUAGUCUGCGUUUCUUUUCUCUUACUUUUUCUUUCAAGCUACUCCCAGCCUUCCAGUGUUGUGUCUUCCAAGAUUGACAGCGACUCCAGUAUUCUAGGUGUCAUGAGGACAAGUCGCAUUUGUUACAGACUGAUAUCCUUUAUAAUUCAGGGAGCUUGAUGUGUUAUAUUUUAGCUAUAAAGCAUACUAUAAUUUUCAUAUAGUUUAUUUAUAGUCAUAGUUAAGACUUUUACUCAUAAAGAAGUAUUCUACUAUAUAGAAAUAAAAUGCUCUAUUUUGUUAGUAGGGGUUAACACAUAGGUAAAGUCAUGUGCCCAGGUCCAGUGUGUUGGAAAUGUCAUACUUAUGUACCCACCAAUCACUGGCUGUGUUGUACUGUGGAGCGUGCACGACUUGGUGGAGCGUGCACGAAUUGGUGGAGCGUGCACUACUUGGUGGAGCGUGCACGACUUGAGAUGACCUGGCACGCUAAAAUUAUUUGUUUACAAAAUCAUAUUCUUAUGAAAUAGAGCACUUUAUUUUGUACUCAGUUAAAUAUUGUUAUUUGUUUUGUAUUUUCUUUGUGCAAAUACUAAAACCUUGAUUUUUUUUUUUUCUAAAAUGGAAAAUCCUAAAAAUAUAAUGUUAACACGAGUUCAUUUGUAUAGUUGUCAAUACCUGAAUAAUAAAGGUUCUAGAACAAUAAAACAGUUUAUUCUGUA